UAAAUAUGUUGGACGGAUCCGGACUGAGAAAUCCUUGUACCAAAAUCAAAAAAUCAUAAAUCGAGAAAAAACGAAAAACAUUUUUUAAUUUUUCAAAAAACAGCUGGUUUUUCGAAUAGGGUUGACGAAAAUCUGCGAAAAUUUUGGACAGAAAGGAGGUAUCGAGGAAAACUUUUUAUCAGUUAUGAAAGAGCAGAUCACGGGCUAUCUUCCCAUGCAUUUAUCUCCAUUUCGACUUUUUUGCCGAAAAUUGACUUUUUUUGAGUGGGGGGGUGGGCCUUAAUAAUUAAGACUCGCUAAGUAAAUAUCAAAGUAAGCGACAAACACUCUCUCUCCAUGUGUAUAUAUACUUCAGAUACUAUUGAUAUAUACGUUUAACAGAAGCAAAUCUAGUGACGAUAAUGCUGUACAAUAUGCAUACGUACAUCACCUAUAUUGUUCUAUACUUUUUCUUGUCGACUCUAAAUCAACAAUUGGCAAUAUCUGGUAAGUAAUUGCAUAAAGCUAUGUACUGUUUAGGAUCGACUUGCAUUAUUGUUUGACAGAACGACGUUGCCGUUGUCUCGCAAGUAACUCAUCAUGUUGGCCAAAUGUUUCUCGAUGGCAAGUGUUCAACGAAUCUGUUGAUAGACGUCUUCUCUUUCCUGAGCCAUCAGCUACCGUAUGUAAUGGACAAACAUAUGACCUCAACGCUUGUGCUGUAGCUAGAGCUCAAUGGUCUAACUCAGCAUGGCGUAGUGAUCAAGUUGGUGCAAUGCAAAAUCAUAAUUGGGAAAAAAGUUCAUGUUCAAUAUCUACGAACAGCACGAAAUGCAAUCAAGGUUCUGUCCCUGUGAUUGCUGUCAAUGCAACAUUACCCGAACAUGUUCAAGCAACUGUUCGCUUCGCUGCUACGAACAAUCUCCGUUUAACCGUCA